UCCUCUUGCAGUAUCCCGGCUCUUGUGCAGUUGCUCAGCUCCAGGUAGUUUCAGUCUUCUUCCUCCUCCGUUGUCUUCUUCCUCCAUCUUCUUCCUCCUCCGUCUUCUUUCUCCAUCUUUUACCUCCUCCGUCUUCUUCUUCCAUCUUCUUCCUCCUCCUCCGUCUUCUUCUUCCAUCUUUUUCCUCCUCCUCUGUCUUCUUCUUCCAUCUCCUUCAUCCUCCGUCCUCUUUCUCCUCCUCCGUCUUCUUCUUCCAUCUUCAUCCUCUUCCUCCAUCUUCUUCUCCUCCAUCCUCCUCCUCCGUCUUCUUCCAUCUUCUACAUCCUCUUCCUUCUCCUCUGUCUUCUUCUUCCAUCUUCUUCCUCCCCUUCCUCCUCCUCCAUCUUCUUCUCCUCCAUCCUCUUCCUCCUCCUCCGUCUUCUUCCAUCUUCUUCCUCCCCUCCCUCGUCCUCCGUCUUCUUCCUCCUCCAUCCUCUUCCUCCUCCUCCUCCGUCUUCUUUCGUCUUCUUUCACCUCCGUCCUCCUUCUCUGUCUUCUUCCAUCUUCUUCCUCCUCCGUCCUCUUCCUCCUCCUCCAUCUUCUUCUUCCAUCUUCUUCCUCCCCUUCCUCCUCCUCCGUCUUCUUCUCCUCCAUCCUCUUCCUCCUCCUCCGUCUUCUUCCUCCUCCUCCAUAUUCUUCCUCUGAUCGCCAUCAUGUCUCUCGGAGCCCCAAGUUUUCGCAGUGUCUCGUCCAGUCAGAUUGGCGCAGGAGAUUUGCGGAUGUCGCCCUCCAGGCUUCAGUCUUUGCGCUCUGGUUUGGAUCUGGCCUCCAUGAAGUCCAUGAUGGAGUCUUCUCUCCCAUCCCUGCGCUCCGGCCUGGACUCUCUGCUCCACAACAACCAUCAGGAGGUGAUGCAGGAGCUGAACGAGCGUCUGGCCGGAUACUUGCAGCGUGUGCGCCGUCUGGAGGAGGAAAACCGAAAACUGCAAGAGGAGAUAGAGGAGACGUCCGCCAAGAAGAGUCCGGCCCCACGAGACUGGGAGACCCAGCAGGCCCCACUGCAAGAGCUGCGGAAGCAGAUGGAAGAUCUGAAUAUGGACAACGCCAAACUCCUCCUACAGAUCGAUAACGCAAGACUGGCCGCCGACGACUUCAAAGUGAAGCUGGAGCAGGAACAAGCAAUCUGCGAUGUGGUGCACAAAGACAUUCAGGGACUCCGCAAGAUGAUAGACGACACCAACUUCCUAAGGAUGAAACUGGAGUCUGAGGUGGAGACCCUGAGAGAAGAACUGGUCCAUCUACAUAGAGAUCACGACGAGGAGGUCGCCGCCCUGCAGGCGCUCGUAGCCAAUAAUAACCUGAGGGUUGAGGUGGAUGCGCCAAAGAAGCCGGAUCUGAACGAGAGCAUCGCCCAAAUCCGCAGAGAGUACGAGAAAAUGGCCGAGCAGAAUCGGGAGGAGGCGGAGAACUCCUUCAAGAGCAAGUUCGAUGCCCUCUCCCAGGAGGCGAAUGUGAACACGAAGGCGCUGGAGCAGGCGAAGAACGAGGUGACCGACCUCCGGCGCCAGGCGCAGACUCUGGAGAUGGAGCGGCAGGCGCUGCAGAAGACGGUGGACUCUUUAGAUCACGUCUUGAAGGACACGGAGGAUCACUAUGGAUCCAGCCUCACAGAACUGAACCGUCAUCUGACCCGGCUCCAGGACGAGCUCGCCGCCUGCCGCGCCGACAUAGAACGUCAGGUCCACGACUACGACGCCCUCCUGAACCUCAAGUCCAAGCUGGAGAACGAGAUCCACGCCUACCGCACUCUGCUGGAGGGCGCCGCAGACACGAACGGCCCAGAAUCCCCGGCAACAAGCGGACCAAACACCAUCCAGAAGGUGACGGUGACCAAGCACGAGAUCCUGGACGGAGCGGUGGUGUCCGCAUCAUCUGAAGAAACCAUUAAAUAAGAUGGCGGCGGGAGGAGGAGGGCGGAUGACUGGAUCUAAUAAUAAACUUAUAAACAAACGUUUUCUUCUUUUUUUUUACUCUGGAGUCAGAUAUAAAUUACGAGAGGAUUAUAUAAUCCGCACCCUGCAUGUCAUGUGACCAGUGUAAGAGGAUUCCUGGAUUAUCAGGUGCUGGACUAUCAGACAGGGACCUCCAUAAGAUAUAAUCCAUGACACCUCUGGCGGUACAUUAUAGGGUUAUUACACUGGGACACGGCGGCCAUGAAUUCACCUUUCUAUUUAGAUGGUUCUAUAGACCUGCAGCCACUGUACAGGCCGAAAAGGUCAGACAGAACGAAGACGAUUGGUUACAGCGGGGGGUGGGGCGGUCUUGGGCGUGACAUGACCCCCGCGUGUAAUCGCCUCAUCCUACAUCCUUCUCAUGUAUCAGCUUCAUCGCUGGACCCUGUGUGAUCUCUCCCCCUC